UAUUCCUCUUUUCAGGUCUUCUUAUCAGUAGGUUAGGUGAUUUUCAUUGUGUGGAUUCUUGAAAAUAUGGCAGCCCGGAGAAUUACUAAGUCUGCCAUUGACUGGGCUACAUUUGCAGAGCGAGUCCCUCCUGAACAAAAAGUCCAGUUCUUUGCCUUUAAGGGAAAGUCUGAUCUAUACCUUCGGAAGAUGCUGUCCCUGCCUGAGAAGCCACCUACUCUCAACUUUGAAGCAUAUAAGACCCGUGUAGCCAAUGCUGCUGCUGUGGACAAGUUGAAAAAGCAAUAUGAAGCUGUGAAAAUUCCAUAUCCUGAAAAUAAGUAUUCUACCAAGAUUGAUCAACUGGAAAAGGAAGCAGAAAAGGAGACCAUGGAUUUUAUCUCUGCAUCUAAUGCAAGGAUUCAUGAGUAUGAGAAGGAGCUAAGCAAGUGGAACACCAUGAUACCUUUGGAACAGAUGACUCUCCAAGAACUCCAUACUAGUUUUCCACAUCUGGCACAUGAUCCAAACAACCCCACAUACUACCCUCAUGAACCUGAGUACCAGCCUGGCUAUAGGGCUGAUGAGGAGGAAACUACUUCUCAUUAGUUCAUUGAUUGCAUAGAUGAACCCUUGUUUGGGAUUCCCUUGUCAGUUUGCUUAGUUGUAUAUCUAAGAAAGAUUUCCUGAAUAAAGUAAACAGUUCAUAAUCAAA